CUCGCCCUCAUCCUCAACCCCUCUUACUCUUCUGUCCAGCAGCUCCAGCCACCGAAACCCCACUCAGAAAGACAAAAUCAACCAACGCCGGCUGCAUCGAGAUGGGUCCAGCAAGGCGUUGCUCUUGAGCGGAGCAGCAGCAGCCGCGCGAGCUUGAAGGCGGCGGCUGCUUCGUCCUCCAUCGGGCAGCGGCAGAUCUGGCCGAUUCCGACGCGGUGGCCUCCCGAUCUGAGUUCCUCGCCUGCAAGCACUGGCCAUGGCGCCGCCGCGUGUGCGGGAGCUGGGGGAGAUGUGCGAGCUCAUGGAGGAGAUCCUGAUCCGCAUCCCGCCGGACGAGCCUGCGGACCUCAUCCGCGCCUCCCUCGUCUGCAAGGCUUGGUGCGGCCUCGUCUCCGGCCACGCCUUCCGCAGCCACUACCGCACCUUCCACAAAACACCUCCCAUGCCUGGCUUCCUACAGAGCUGGGAGAAGGAAGGUCAAAGCUUCGUCCCCACCACAAGAUUCCGUCCCCGCAAUUGCAAGCCGCAGGACAGUUCCGUGCUCGAUUGCCGCCAUGGCCGCGUUCUUCUUAUGUGUUACUACGAUGGGUAUGCGGAUGCGGAUGAGGAUGAGGAGGAGGAAGAUGAUGACGAUGGAGAGGAGGAAGAUUAUUACGACGAAGAUGAUUACGAGGAAUAUGAAGAGAUGGUAGUCUGGGACCCCUUGUCUGGGAGACGAAUGAAGUUGCGCAAUCCUGGCAUCUUCAACCCCCGCAUCAAUCAUGUCUGGAAAGACUAUUCGGCCACGGUGCUCUGUGCGGCGGAUGGCUGCAACCACGAUGCCUGCAACUUGGCCCCAUUUUUGGUGGCGUUUGUCGUCCUUGCAACAUGGAUGACCUUGGCAACAUGGAUGACCGAAAGAAGGUCGUGCGGGCGUCUGUAUACUCAUCAGAGACCCAGGAGUGGACCUCACCAGCCUCUAUUCACGUCGGCUCCGUUGGAGCGCUUGGAGCCGGCAUGGUUGGAAGGCCUGGUGUCCUCGUUGGACAAGCACUCCACGUCCUCAUUGAUCGUUAUGAGGGGGACAGUUGUAUUAUCAAGUAUGACUUGGGUAGUCAUAGCCUAUCAGUUAUUGAUCUGCCAGGGUUGUGUGUGUUUAUGCGGAAAAACCCUCUCCUCAUUUUGUCAGAAGACGGUAGGUUAGGGGUUGUAGACUUAGACGAGCAUGGGCUAUGCCAUAUGUGGUCGGUGGAGGUGAGCGUCGAUGGAGUAGCGUCAUGGAUCAAACUCAGAGAAAUGGACUUCGGGACCCCUUGGCAAUACCAGGAGCUCAGAUUCUCUAGGGUUUGUUGGCUGUGUGGAGGGCACCGAUAUCCUUGUUGUGGCCACAAAUAUUGGUGCAUUCACAAUUGAGCUCAAGUCCUUGAGGUGGAGGAAAUUGUCGAGUAAGCCGUAUAAGGACAUAUACUUGGCUAAUGUGUUUGGGAGUCUCUUUCUCUACAUGAGCUUCAACAAUCCACCUGCGGUGGCAGGUGUUAUGGAGGUGGCCAAAGAAAGCCAGAUCAGGCAGUGAAGUAGGUCAUGGCGAUGCGACAGUUUGAAUCGAGAGAAGAACUUGGUCUUGAGUAUGAUGAAGAUGUCGAUGUGAACUUCCAACCGUACAGUGAAAUGAUGGCGAGUCUUAACAAAAGGAGAGAAGUUUCUCGCUGAGGACGUAGUCAUGGGAGUAUCUCUGAUCAUAUGUAUGUCUCACAUCAGUUUUAUCAGCCGAACUGCUCCACAGUUUUGGUAGUUUCUUAGGCAGCGCGUUUGUUGCAUUUGUUGUAGUUUGUCCAGACAGAUGGUGUUGUUCCACUGAUGAUAACAUAUCUGCUCAGAGAACUCUAGCUGGUAGCUUCAGUAGCAGUUUAUCUGUGGUUUGCAGAAUGUUUUCAACUAGGUGUGUGAUAUAACUUCUUCGCCAUCUUAAAUUAUAUAUCAAGGCGUCUUAUUACUGACAA